AGAAGAUAUUUUUCAUCUCCGGUUGUACUUGCACCCCUCUUUAUAAUGAAAUAUUCGCUGCGUCGUUUCCCCCUAUUCCGGUCGAUGCUCUAGAGUUCGCCGCCGUCACUAAAUGCUCUCCCACUAAUCUUCUGACGAAGAUCAAAUUAAUCGGAAAGUUGAAGCUAAUCAAUUUCUGGUAUGGAUCGGGAAGGAGGAUCCGCAGCCGGCGCUUAUUGCUUCUACACCGUUCUCGGCGUUCGCAAUGAUGCCUCCUUCUCCGAUAUCCGCUCCGCCUACCGCAAGCUCGCACUCAAAUGGCAUCCGGACCGGUGGGCGAAGAAUCCAUCCGCCGCGGGAGAAGCAAAGCGCCGCUUCCAGAAAAUACAAGAAGCCUAUGCUGUAUUGUCUGAUAAGGGGAAGAGGUCAAUGUACGAUGCGGGAUUUCUCGAUCUGCUCGAGGAAGACGAGGGGAUGGGUGAUUUCCUCCAUGAUCUGGUGAACAUGAUGGAGCAGAAUGUUGGGGCUGAGGAGGAGAGCUUAGAGGAUUUGCAGAAGACAUUUGUGGACUUGUUCGGUGAUGAUCUGGUGGAUAUGAUAAACGAGAGCAGCUAUCCUGGCGGUGAGCAAGAUGGGUUGCGGCACCGGGAGCAACACAAAGGAGUAGCCAAGCGCACCGCCCGUGCGUAAGACUAGGUGGUUUCAGCAAAGGUGUUGUGCCACCAUCCUCCCUUUUCCUCUGGUUGUAAUACUAUUCAUGCCAUUAUGUAAAGUUAGGUGGGGGGGGGGGGGAGGGAGUUAGGAUUUUAUUUGGAGGGUAGAUUGAUUGCAUGUUAGUUUGGUAACUGCUGCUCAACUUUCAAGACUAAAGCUUUUUGGCUGAUGCGUAAUAAACUUAAUUCUCUCCUUUUAA